UUGGAGGUGGUGGGCACCGCCACACCAAUGGGGGAGGAGGUCCGGAUGCAUGGAGCAGCCAUUCCUGGGGCCAACAGGCAUUCGGAGGGGGUUCGCGGCAUGAGCAGCGGCGGUUUCGGUGGAGACAGAAACUUCAGUCCCUCUAGAUCUCCACCCACCAGCUCCAAACACAACCCCGGCGGGUCCUCCUCCGCCCUCUACCAGCAGGGCCUGUCGUGCAACGGGAUUGGCCGGCUGCUCUCGGCGGUGCUGGAUCCUUUGGAUGGCGAUGAGGGCGUGGCGGCACCACGCACUCCCAAGUACGAGGCCUCCCAGGGACGGGGCCCGCGCCCGUCCACCGCCACCUCGGGCGAGCGGGGAGGCGACGGCCAGCGAUCGGUCGUCACCUUCAGCUACAUCGAGAAGGCGAGCGUGAGGACGGUGGAGAGCCCUCAGAGCGCCCCUCGCCGAACCGCGCCGGCCCGCUCGGCCGACUCCCCGGGCCUCCGCCGGUCCGUCGAGGGCUCGCCGCUGGCCGCCGCCGCCGCCGCCCACCCCUGCAAGAGGACGGGCGCCCCCGUCUACUUCUACAGCCCGGAUUCCUCGUGCCACUCCAGUCCCGCGCUGUCGCUCCGGGCCUCGGGGGGGUCCCGCUCCGUCGCCAGGGUCGCCGCCCGCCAGGCGUCGGAGGAGCUGAGGUCGCCGGUGGUGAAGCGGCGUGCGGCCGACGGCCCCGCGGAACGGCUCCGCCAGCAGUCCCGCUGCCAGUCCUGGGCGGGGACCACGGACCCGACGCGAGCCGCCGGCACCCUCCCCGGCGCCCGGCCGGGCGGAGGUCCGGACUGGCUCAACCCUCCGUGCGACCUUCCCAGAAACCCAACCGGAAAGCGCCCCUCCUCGGGCGCCGCCUCGGCCACCCUGCCCGCGCUCGGGGCCGACAGGCCCCGGGACGUUCCUGCGCAGAGGCCGGGGGGCAAGGCGGGGCCUGGGAGCGACCCGCUUUUGGCCAGGAGGGUGAACCUGCCCCCGGGCGACACCUUCAGCAGCGCGGGCCGGGGGAUGAACCAGCUGAGCGGGUCGAGGGCGGCGUCCCCCGCCGACAGCCCCCAGACCGGCCGCAGGCUGAACAACGAAGCUGCCAGACCCUCCGCGGCCUUUAAGGAGGCCAGGAAGUGCCCCUCGUCCUCCAGCCAGGGGGACUUUCUCGAACCGGGAAGCCCGAGGUCGGGGUGCGGGACGCAGGAGCGGCGGCAGGACGGGGGGGCCGUGGAGAACCGCCUCACCGUGAUGAACAUCCCUGUGGACUGUGUCCCGGAAGCCAGCUCUUCCGCGGGGCCUGAGCAACACCGCGCCCUGCCCGUGCGCGACGCAGAUUCGGGAAGCAGAGAGAGGGUCCCCGCGGGGUCCCCCGCCCUCCCCGCCCGACUGCACAGGUCCGACGUGUGCCCCGCGGACGUAGCCUCUCCCCUGAAAGACCCCCGCCUGCUGAGGGCUACCCUCCGGGUCACCGACACCCCCACCCUCCACCGCCACCAGCCCCCGCAGUACACGGGAGAGAACUGGUCGUCCAGCCCAGUGCACAAGCUGGUGAUGAAGGAGAGCCCGGAACCUUCCGUCAGGCUCUACGUGGAGCAGCGGGGCGGGGUGCCCGACGUGGAGGCCCCCGUGAGCUGGACGUCCCGUCAGCAGUGGGGGGGUGCGCUGGGAUGGGGGGGCGACAGUCCGAAGGUGGGUCAGCAGGCCGAGGGGCGUGUGGGCGGUGCUUCCCCUGUUCUGUUGCGGAAAGAGGCGGAGCUCCGGACCAGGGAGGCUCUCUUGCUUGGCCCGGUCGUGCUGGACCACCCCCAGGCGGGCCAGCCGCGAGACGCACAGCAGUCUAGUUUGGCCCCGGGAAAUUGGAGUGUCCCAAUGAAAGCUGAGGGGGAGCAGCAGCUAAACUGCAGAGGGGAGAGAGGCUGCACCUCACCAGAGUCCACCCUGUCCAGUCACAGGAGCUUUGAGAUGGGACACACUACGUCAGGCAUACAGUCGGACAGCGGCAUCUCCUCCAUGGGUCCCUCCCUGCACUCCCAGAAAAUUGCUCGCGCCAAAUGGGAGUUCCUAUUUGGGACACCAUCUGGAGACAAUGCCGGCAGUAAAGAUAACCCCGAUGCUUCCACGACGCCCCCUAGCGGUACCUCCAGCGAGUCUCCGACUCCGACGCCCCCGACUUCCCUGCCCCUGGAGGGUCAGAGGUCGGCGAACCACGACGUGCAGCACGUGGAGGUGGAGCUGGUGACCCCUCCCCCAAUGGCGGAAGGGGCGUCGCCCAAGACCGGCAUCAUCCGCCGCACCAUCAAGUACUCGGAGACGGACCUGGACGCGGUGCCGCUGCGCUGCUACCGGGAGACGGACAUGGACGAGGUGCUGGCGGACCAGGACGAGGCCGACUCGGCCUUCGGGAGCAACCGCAGCGUGCCGGGAACCCCCGGCAGCAGCCCCCUGGGGGGGGCGCCGUAUGAACACAUGGACGGCGAGGAAGAGGAGGAGGAGGAGGAUGAGGAGGAGGAGGAAGAGGAGGAGGAGGAGGAGGAGGAGGCGCUGAGCUGGUGCAGCGUGAGGAGGCGUGGGGAAAGGAAGAGGCACCGCAACCCUCGGGACGAGAACGAGGCCUUCAGUGUGCUGCUGAAGAGGCCUUUAGACGGGUUCCUCCGCGGCUACCCCGCCCUCAAGUCCCCCAUCCUGGUGUCGGGCCCCCGGCUGGCCGCGGAGGACUCCUUCAGCCGCCAUUUUGAGAGCAUCAUGGAGUCGCACCGCGCCAAGGGCACGUCCUACUGCAGCCUGGACAGCGAGGACCUGCUGACCUCCAGCGGCCAGUCCAUCUUAACCUUCGACCUGCCCACCCUCACCCCCGAGGUGCAGUGCCAGACCUACCAGAGCGCCCGGGAGAUCGUGGGGCUCAGCUUCGCCCCGCUGGCCCGCAGGGAGACCCCCAGCGGCUCGGUGGACACCCUCGCCGCGCUGGACUCCGACGCCACCCGCGCCCCGUCUAGCGAGCGGCUGAGUACCUGCUCCGAGGACACGCCCUCCUGGGGCUGGUACAGCACCCUCUCUCCCAGAGAGAGGCCCCCCCGCGCAGCGGUGGACUCGGACCUGGAUCGGGACCUCAGCGAGCUGCUGGGCCUGGGAAGCACUGACACCCUGACCAAUGGCAGCAAGGCUGACCUGGAAGCCGCUAAACGAUUGGCCAAGCGCCUCUUCACCCGGGACGGGUUCAGGAAGUCCGAUGUGGCCAAACAGCUGAGCAGGAACAAUGACUUCAGCCGCAUGGUUGCCGAGGAGUACCUGCGCUUCUUCAGCUUCACGGGCAUGACCCUGGACCGGGCGCUGCGGGCCUUCCUGAGUGAGUUUGCCCUGAUGGGGGAGACACAGGAGCGAGAGCGUGUGCUGGCUCACUUCUCCCGAAGGUACAUCUACUGCAACCCCAGCUGCACCCUGUCUGAAGACAGUGUCCACACCCUGACCUGUGCCCUGAUGCUGCUCAACACUGAUCUUCAUGGGCGUAACACUGGCAAGAGGAUGUCCUGCCUGCAGUUCAUUGGGAACCUGGAAGGGCUGAAUGAUGGGCAGGAGUACCCUAAGGAUCUCCUCAAGGCACUGUACAACUCCAUUAAGAAUGAGAAGCUGCAGUGGACGAUCGAUGAGGAGGAGCUACGCAAGUCGUUCUCGGAGCUGGCCGACGGGCGCUCUGACUCCGCCUCCCGCAGCAUGAAGCGAGUGGACAGCGGGGGGAACGCCUUUACGGGCGUGUCCUCGCAGUCGGGCACCCUCGUCUACAAGGCGGGCUUCCUGGUCCGCAAAGUCCACGCUGAUUCUGACGGAAAGAGAACACCGAGGGGGAAGAGAGGAUGGAAGACCUUUUAUGCUGUGCUGAAGGGGCUGAUUCUCUACCUACAGAAGGGUGAGUUCAGGCCGGAGAAGCAGCUCUCCCACGAGGACCUGAAAAACGCCGUGUCCAUCCACCACUCCCUGGCCAUGCGGGCGGCCGACUACAGCAAGAGGCCCAACGUCUUCUACCUGCGCACCGCCGACUGGAGAGUGUACCUCUUCCAGGCCCCGAACGCGGAGCAGAUGCAGUCCUGGAUCACUCGCAUCAACACUGUGGCGGCCAUGUUCUCGGCCCCGCCCUUCCCCGCGGCCAUCGGCUCCCAGAAGAAGUUCAGUCGGCCGCUGCUGCCCGGGACCAGGUCCAAGCUCUCUGAGGAGGAGCAAGUGCAAUCCCAUGAGGCGCGUUUUCGCACCACCUCUUCAGAGCUGGCCGAGCUGCGCUCGUACCCCCCAGACCGCAAGGUCAAAGGUCGUGAGCUGGAAGAGUACCGUCAUCGAGACGAAUACCUGGAGUUUGAGAAGACACGCUACGGGACGUACGCCAUGCUGCUGAGGGCUAAGAUCCGCUGCGGGGAUGACGACCUGUCGGUGCUGGAGUCCCAGAUCCUGGAGGACAGCGGGCUGCAGCGGGCUCAGUCCAGCCCCACGCUGGACCGGGACAGCAGCGUGGCCAGCAACUCCAAGAGCAGCAGCAGCAACAAGCGCAACGAGGGCCAGAGACACAGCUACAGGCAGGCCGUCAAGAAGUGAGGGGGACCGGGGGGGGGUUAGGGGGGGGGGUGCUGUUUCCCCGCCCAAAUUUUUCUUUGAGGUCCGAGAGGUGGGAUGGCUGGGGGCCAGGACAUCCGCGUGGAUGUUCCCCCCCCAUUCCUCCGUCUCCCGAGUCUCCUUGGCCAAUAGGAGAGAGGCGGAGGUCAUGUGACUGGCAGGCGUCAGCGGCGCGGAUGUGGCCGUUGGCGGGAAGAGGGCCAGAGGUUUCAGGGAUGUAGCUUUUGCAAGGAGGCGCUCGUAGACGGGGGACCACUUCUGAUUGGACGUUCACUCACUCAGACAGCAGAAAAAAACACCCGGCUUCUCAUUUCUCAACACAAAGUCUUUCUUUCAUCCACCAGACAGCCCCUGACCUCUCUUUCUGCCACUCCCUUACUACACAUAACUCACAAUUAAGCAUAUAUGUAUGCUUAUAUGCUUUUAUAUAUAUAUAUAUAUAUAUAUAUAUAUAUAUAUAUAUAUAUAUAUAUAUAUAUAUAUAUAUAUAUAUAUAUAUAUAUAUAUAUAUAUAUGGUUCUAUAUAGAUAUAUAUACAUAUACAUAUAUAUAUAUAUAUAUAUACUUUUUGUUUCAAAUCUUUUAAAAAUGUAAUCCACUUCUGUGACUUAUUCCUUCUUCAAAUUUAACAAAACAGUCUCUGCCUUGGAGUAGGUAUGUGGACAUAAUAGAUUGUUUUAUUAUUUCUUCUAAAGGCCUCGAUGUUCAGGGCCCAUUUUUAAUUUUUUUUGCCAUGGGCUCCGUUUGAUGGGUGUCAGGGUGUACCUCUCGGCCUCCCCCCCGUCAGACCGAGGCUCUGUCUUGCCCGCAGUGGCUGGGGGAGGGGGGUCCUCUUGCUGAUUAGGGCAAUGAAGGGGACCCUUGGUGUUGGUUCAGCGGUCAGAACGGGCACGAUGACGGCCAGGAGGACCGCGGUGCGUUUCUGCCCGACGGAACGGAGGCCAGAUUGAGGGAAAAUCCGCCAGAAAGGGGAUUUUUUGCCGGAUCGGUGUUGAGAGACGGGAGAUGGUGGCUGGGCCGACUGACGCAGACUCCUGCAUGCGCAACCGUCAUUUCCCAGCUUCCCUCCUUCUCGUCCUUUUAUCCGUCUCUCUGAGGGAUAGAAGUGCUCUGUCACAUCCUGGGGGGGGAGGGGGGGGGGGGGCGAGGAGGUUUGUGCCAUGUGACGCAGUGGGCAGUGAUGAACAAACCUGCGUUAUUCUUCUCUCCUUUGCAGUGAGAGAGCUGUUUUUAACCUUUUAACUGUCUCAAUUUUGAUUUCUUUCUUAAAGCAUAAUUGCUUGAGCUGCUUUGUUCUACUGUGAGCUUUUCACGAGUAACACUGGAUAUGUGCUUUUAUUCUUGGCUGGAUAAUGUUGUCUAAACAGAUUGGCUUGCUUGCGUUGAUGUCAGAUGCUUUUUAUUUAGUUAUUUUUUUAAGCUUUUUACCCCCUUGAUUUUCUAAAAAAAAAAAAAAAAAAAGAGAACAACGAGGAAUUCUGUGCUUGA